GACUCCCCCGCUGCCCGGCUGCUUGUUUUUCUGAGUUGAAGAGCCGCAGUGGAAGAGAUAGGAGCGGAGCCUGUCACAGCACCUAUCCUCAGCCCCCUCAUUGAAAACCAUCCAGACCUUUGUGAGAAAACAGCAUCACUUGAGGUGCUCAAUGGUAAGAGAAGAUGAAAGACUUAGAUUUAGGAGUGGAAUAUGUUAUACCCAGCCUUGGGUACAGAAAUGUUCGGGAGCCAAGCAAUCAAGAUGAGAAAACUGAAGACUUCAAAUACCAAAAAUCUCAGUAUGUGGAUUGCCAGGAUGCUUUGGAGGCUGCUGCCCGAGCAGAAGGUCUUCCUUUGGAUAUUUCUGUGCACUCCCAUUUGAAGAUGCUGGACGAGGGCCACCAUAAAGGCAAAUACCAUAUUGGGCUCAACCUCCUUAAACCCAUUCGUUUUACUUCCAAAAACCAGCACCCAGUAGACAAUGCUGGACUUUUCUCGUUCAUGACUUUCUCCUGGCUCACGCCGCUGGCCCGUUUAGCAUAUAAAAAAGGAGAGCUGUAUUUAGAAGAUAUCUGGCAGCUGUCAAAGCAUGAGUCUUCUGAUGUCAACAGCAGACGGUUGGAGAAGUUGUGGCUGGAGGAGUUAGCAGAGCGGGGUGCGGAAGAGUCAUCUCUGCGCCGUGUUGUGUGGAUGUUCUGUCGCACUAGGCUCAUUAUUUCCAUCAUGUGCCUAAUGCUCACACAGUUGGCUGGCUUCAUUGGUCCAGCGUUUGUAGUGAAAAGCCUUUUGGAAUACACACAACAAAGUUAUACAAAUCCAUCAUACAGCAUACUCCUAGUUUUUGGGCUUCUGAUGACAGAGAUUGUCCGAUCCUGGUCCUUGGCACUUACCUGGGCUUUGAAUUACCGGACGGGUGCUAGAGUGAGAGGGGCAAUACUAACCAUGGCCUUCAAGAAAAUCCUAAAGCUGAAGAAUAUAAAAGAGAAAUCCAUGGGAGAGCUGAUAAAUGUUUGCUCCACUGAUGGGCAGCGAAUGUUUGAGGCUGCAGCAGUUGGCAGCUUGCUGGCGGGAGGACCCAUUGUUGCAAUUCUAGGAAUGAUUUAUACUGUCUUCAUAUUGGGUCCAACUGGCUUUCUGGGCUCUUCAAUUUUCAUACUCUUCUACCCAGCUAUGAUGUUUGUAUCCAGACUUACUGCUUAUUUCAGACGCAAAUGUGUAUCAGUCACAGAUGAACGGGUACAAAAGAUGAAUGAAGUCCUAAAUUACAUCAAAUUUAUUAAAAUGUAUGCCUGGGUAAAGGCCUUCUCUCAAAACGUGCAGAAAAUUCGAGAGACCGAAAGGAAGAUUCUAGAGCGAGCAGGAUAUUUCCAGAGUAUUACAGUGGGAAUAGCUCCCAUUGUGGUGGUUAUUGCCAGUGUGGUGACCUUUUCUGUGCACAUGAUGCUUGGAUAUGAUCUUACUGCAGCCCAGGCAUUCACAGUUGUCACAGUCUUCAAUUCCAUGACGUUUGCCCUUAAAGUGACUCCUUUUUCCGUGAAGUCUCUGUCAGAGGCUUCAGUAUCCAUGGAGCGUUUCAAGAGUUUAUUUCUAAUGGAAGAGGUUCACAUGGUAAAGAAAAAGCCAUCCAGCCCAAACAUCAUCAUAGAGCUGAAAAAUGCCACAUUGGCAUGGGAUUCUUCCCAUGCCAGCACCCAGUGCUCACCGAAGGCUACCCCCAAAAUGAAAAAAGAGAAGAAGGGGGCUAAAGGAAAGAAAGAGAAGGACAAUUUGCAGAACGAGGGGCCACAGGCUGUUCUGGCAGAACAGAAAGGACAUCUUCUGGUGGAUAAUGAUGAGCAACCCAGCCCUGAUGAAGAAUGUAAAGACCUUCAGCUAUCAAAUGUGAGGCUGCAAAGGACUCUUUACAACAUUGAAUUGGACAUAGAGAAGGGUAAACUGAUUGGAAUAUGUGGCAGUGUAGGAAGUGGAAAAACGUCUCUUGUCGCCGCCAUUCUCGGGCAGAUGACCCUUCUGGAGGGUAGCGUUGCUGUCAAUGGCACAUUUGCAUACGUUGCUCAGCAGGCAUGGAUACUGAAUGCCUCUUUCCGGGAUAAUAUCCUAUUUGGAAAGGAUUUUGAAGAGGAAAGGUAUAAUAAUGUGUUAAGUGUUUGCUGUUUGAGACCAGACUUGGCCAUACUACCCAACAGUGACUUAACAGAGAUUGGAGAACGUGGAGCAAAUCUAAGUGGAGGUCAGAGACAGAGGAUCAGCCUUGCAAGGGCUCUGUACAGCGAUCGCAGCAUUUACAUACUUGAUGAUCCUCUCAGUGCAUUAGAUGCCCAUGUAGGCAAUCACAUCUUCAACAGCGCCAUCAGAAAACACCUCAAGUCAAAAACCAUCUUGUUUAUCACCCACCAGCUUCAGUAUCUUGUAGACUGUGAUGAAGUGAUCUAUAUGAAAGAAGGUUGCAUCACAGAAAGGGGAACACAUGAGGACCUCAUCAAACUCAAUGGAGAAUAUGCUGCAGUGUUUAAUAAUCUACAGCUGGGAGAGGCCCCUCACAUUGAGAUAAGCUUAAAAAAGAAUGUGAGCAGUUCAUUGAAAAAGCCACUGGAGAAAGGAAUUAAGGCUGGAUCUGUGAAGAAGGAAAAGGCUGUGAAAAAGGAAGAAGGUCAACUCAUGCAGCUGGAGGAGAAAAGCAAAGGAUCAGUGCCUUGGUCAGUUUAUGGCGAUUACAUCCAAGCAGCUGGAGGUCCUUUCGCCUUCCUCUUCAUAAUGACACUAUUUGUGCUUAAUGUGGGAAGUACUGCAUUUAGCAAUUGGUGGCUCAGCUACUGGAUCAAACAGGGCAGUGGGAACACGUCCGUGCUGCUGAACAACGAGACUGUAAUUAGCAUCAGUAUGAAGGACAAUCCAAACAUGCUGUACUACACUGGCAUUUAUACUCUCUCUAUGUUUGUAAUGCUCAUCCUUAAGGCUGUGCGUGGAGUUGUUUUUGUUAAGGGAACACUACGAGCCUCUUCAAAGCUUCAUGAUGAACUAUACCGCCGCAUUUUAAAGAGCCCUAUGAAAUUUUUUGACACAACUCCAACUGGACGUAUUCUAAAUAGGUUUUCUAAGGACAUGGAUGAGGUUGAUGUCCGAUUGCCCUUUCAAGCAGAAAUGUUUGUGCAGAAUGUCAUUCUUGUAUUCUUCUGUCUGGGAGUUAUUGCUGGUGUCUUCCCGUGGUUCCUGGUGGCUGUCGCACCUUUGGUCGUUCUCUUCACCAUACUGCAUGUUGUAUCCAGAGUUUUCAUCCGUGAGCUGAAGCGAUUGGAUAACAUUACACAGUCCCCUUUCCUGUCACAUAUAACAUCCAGUAUACAAGGACUGUCUACAAUCCAUGCAUAUGGCAAAGGGCAAGACUUUCUGCAUAGGUACCAGGAAUUGUUGGAUAAUAACCAGGCCCCGUUUUAUCUCUUUAACUGUGCCAUGCGCUGGUUGGCCCUACGCCUGGAUGUCAUCAGUGUGUCACUGAUUACUACUACUGGUCUCAUGAUCAUCUUGAUGCAUGGUAAAAUCUCUCCAGCAUAUGCUGGUCUUGCCAUGUCUUAUGCUGUGCAGCUUACCGGAUUGUUCCAGUUCACAGUCAGACUUGCCUCUGAAACAGAAGCUCGUUUCACCUCUGUAGAACGUAUCAGCCAUUACAUUAAGACUGUUGCACUAGAGGCCCCUGCACGGAUAAAGAACAAAGCUCCACCAGCAGACUGGCCUCAGGCGGGGGAGAUCGCCUUUGAAAGUGCUGAAAUGAGAUACAGAGAGAACCUGCCCCUGGUUUUGAAGAAGGUGUCAUUCACUAUCAAACCUAAAGAAAAGAUUGGAAUUGUGGGAAGGACAGGAUCAGGAAAAACAUCUCUAGGAAUGGCAUUGUUCCGCUUAGUGGAACUCUCUGGCGGAUGCAUAAAGAUUGAUGGUGUAAAAAUUAGUGAUAUUGGGCUGGCAGACCUUAGGAGCAAACUUUCCAUCAUUCCUCAAGAGCCAGUCCUGUUCAGUGGCACUGUCCGAUCCAAUCUAGAUCCUUUCAACCAGUUCAGUGAAGAGCAGAUCUGGGAUUCACUGGAGAGGACACACAUGAAGGAAUGUGUUUCACAGCUACCUCUGAAACUAGAAACAGAAGUCAUGGAAAAUGGUGAAAACUUUUCAUUAGGAGAACGUCAGCUACUUUGUAUUGCUAGAGUUCUGCUGCGCCGGUGUAAGAUUCUGAUCCUGGAUGAAGCCACAGCUGCUAUGGAUAGUGAGACUGACCUCCUAAUACAGGAAACCAUAAGAGAGGCCUUUAAAGACUGUACAAUGAUUACUAUUGCCCACAGACUCCACACUGUACUAGGCUCUGAUCGUAUUAUGGUGCUUACACAGGGACAGGUGAUGGAAUAUGACACACCCUCUGCAUUAUUAUCUAACGAGAACACCAGGUUUUACUCCAUGUUUGCUGCAGUGGAAAACAAAGUUACUGUGAAGGGCUAAAUACUAGCGUCCCAGUUUUUCCCCACCCUGUGGGGCUGUGCGCUGCUUCUCAUUCCCUGCCUGUGGCAGGCACACUUCCUACUAUCUCUCAUUAUUUUCUUUACUGACAAUAUGGUAUAUUUUGCCUUUUUUCUUUUUUUCCCAUUUUCAUAUUUUGUUUUUAGUAAAACUUAUUUUUUUCUUUUUUUUUUCUUUUUAGCACAAUCCAAUUUCAGGACUGAUUUAGGUAUUUUUUUUAACUGUUUGAGAGACUAUUCAUGUUCUAUUGUAUUUAUUCCUAUUACUAAAGGUAAAAAAUAUAUGCGUUUUCGUUACGAAAUGCACUGAAAAAAAAAUUAAAUAAAUACAAUGGUUCAGGCAACCAUAGUUCUGUAUGUAGCUGGCUUAGAAUGAAGCUUUCUACAUGCAACUGUAUAUAGCCUAUAUUUACUGUGAAGAUGUAAGCUGGUUUAUUUUAUAUUAAAAUGAGCACUGGGUUAA